UAAAUACCGGGAGGCUCUGGCCAGCGGCACUCAUGCUGCAGCCUUGAGCCGCCCCGCGUGCUCGUCUGGGGCUCCCUCUGGUCGACUGAGGGCGUGCGGGAGGCGCCAAGCUGCGGAGGCCAUGACGCCGAGACAUUAUCUCCUUUUGCUGGUGGGCUGCCAGGCCUGGGCUGCAGGGCUGGCCUACUAUGGCUGCCCUAGUGAGUGCACCUGCUCCAGGGCCUCCCAGGUGGAGUGCACGGGGGCGCGCAUCGUGGCGGUGCCCACCCCUCUACCCUGGAACGCCAUGAGCCUGCAGAUCCUCAACACGCACAUCACAGAGCUCAACGAGUCCCCGUUCCUCAACAUCUCCGCCCUCAUCGCCCUGAGGAUCGAGAAGAACGAGCUGUCACACAUCAUGCCGGGGGCCUUCCGCAACCUGGGCUCGCUGCGCUACCUCAGCCUCGCCAACAACAAGCUUCAGGUUCUGCCCGUCGGCCUCUUCCAGGGCCUCGACAACCUCGAGUCGCUCCUCUUGUCCAGUAACCAGCUGGUGCAGAUUCAGCCGGCCCACUUCUCCCAGUUCAGCAACCUGAAGGAGUUGCAGCUGCAUGGCAACCACCUGGAAUACGUCCCCGACGGCGUCUUUGACCACCUGGUGGGGCUCACCAAGCUCAACCUGGGCAAGAACAGCCUCACCCACCUGUCGCCCAGGGUCUUCCAGCACCUGGGCAACCUGCAGGUGCUCCGGCUGUAUGAGAACAGGCUCUCGGACAUCCCCAUGGGCACUUUCGACGGCCUGGGCAACCUGCAGGAGCUGGCCCUCCAGCAGAACCAGAUCGGGACGCUGUCCCCCGGCCUCUUCCACAACAACCGCAACCUGCAGAGGCUCUACCUGUCCAACAACCACAUCUCGCAGCUGCCCCCCGGCAUCUUCAUGCAGCUGCCCCAGCUCAACCGCCUCACCCUCUUCGGGAAUUCCCUGAAGGAGCUGUCUCCGGGCAUCUUCGGGCCCAUGCACAACCUGCGGGAGCUCUGGCUGUACGACAACCACAUCACUUCUCUCCCCGACAACGUCUUCAGCAACCUCGGCUCCUUGCAGGUCCUCAUCCUUAGCCGCAACCAAAUCAGCUUCAUCUCGCCGGGCGCCUUCAACGGGCUCUCGGAGCUGCGAGAGCUGUCCCUGCACACCAACGCGCUGCAGGACCUGGACAGCAAUGUCUUCCGCAUGUUGGCCAACCUGCAGAACAUUUCCCUGCAGAACAACCGCCUCCGACAGCUCCCGGGCAACAUCUUCGCCAACGUCAACGGCCUCAUGACCAUCCAGCUGCAGAACAACCAGCUGGAGAACCUGCCCCUGGGCGUCUUCGACCACCUGGGGAACCUGUGUGAGCUGCGGCUCUACGACAACCCCUGGAGAUGCGACCCAGGCAUCCUGCCUCUCCGCAACUGGCUCCUGCUCAACAAGCCCAGGUUAGGGACCGACACCCUCCCGGUGUGUUUCAGCCCUGCCAAUGUCCGAGGCCAGUCCAUCGUCAUCGUCAACAUCAAUGCCGCGGCCCCCAGUGUCCAGGUCCCAGCCGUCCCUGAGGUGCCCAGCUACCCAGAAACCCCACGGUACCCUGACACACCCGUCUAUACUGACACAACGUUCAUCUCCUCCACCACUGAUUUCACCAGCCCCAUGGAAGACUACACGGAUCUGACCACCAUCGGAGCCACCGACGAACGCGGCACAUGGGGCAUGACCCGGGCCCAGAGCGGACUGGCCAUCGCCGCCAUCGUGAUCGGCGUCAUUGCCCUGGCCUGCUCCCUAGCGGCCUGCAUCUGCUGUUGCUGCUGUAAGAAGAGGAGCCAGGCGGUCCUGAUGCAGAUGAAGGCACCCAACGAGUGUUAGGGAGGCUGGAGGCGGGGCUGGGGACUGGGGCCUCAGAGGGGCUGCAGAUUUCAUCCAUCUGCCUCCCCUGCUUGGUCCAUAGAGCUGUCUCCCCGGUGGCUCUGUCUGGGCCCUGGAGAAAGGUGCCUCCACCUUUUCCUGGUCUUCCUGGAGAGAAGCAGGUGUGGGAGGACCUUCUUCCCAGCAGGGAGCUCCACCUGGCCACGGCAAGAGCCUGGGGGAUUCCCAGUUCCCACCCUUGGGUUUCCUUCAAGAGGGCACCUCCCUCGAAUCCUCACACCUGUCUUCCAAGGACAGCCUGCCCCAUGCCCACGCCCCUCCUGGCUUCUGUAGACUCAGUUAUUUCCAAGCCUGCUGCUCACUUGCUGGGCGUAGUUCUCUCCCGGGCCAGCCCCGCUGCUGGGUCCUGUGUAAGUCGAUCACCCCUUCUUUCGCUCUUCUCCUCUGGGCCCUGGGCCAGGGCUUGGCCCCGCCUUCUCGGGCGGAAGCUCCUCCCUGGGUUUUCUGCAGCUCGAGGCAGAGCCAGUUCUGUCCUCAGUAAGCCUCCACCCGCGUAGCUGGUUUCCCAGGAGCUGCCGAGCACCCUGGCUUUGAGGAUGCCGUGACGAGAGGAGCAUCCUGCUCUUAGGUCCUGGGGACAGGGCUGUCGCCAGCACCUCUCUCGUCAUCAUCACCUGGAAAAGCAGGGAGGGCACUGGUGCUGCAAGUUCAGCCCUUUAGAGAAUGCUGUCUACAAACUGUGACAUCUUGGCCCUGUAAGGAAUAAAAGCAUGUAGAAUUUC